AUGUACGUGAGCUCGCUCUUGGAGAAGGAGCCCAGCAUGUACCCAGGACCUGCCAGGGCCAGCAACACCCUGCCCGUGCAGAACUUCGUGUCUGCUCCAGCCUACUCCGACUACAUGGGAUACCACCCCGUGCCAGCCCUGGACAGCCACGGGCAGCCGGCGCCCGCCUGGGGCUCCCACUACGGCCCCCAGCGCGAGGACUGGAGCGCCUACGGCCCAGGCCCUUCCAGCGCCGGGCCCGCUGCCCACAUCAAUGGCUCGUCCCCUGGCCAGGGCUCCUACAGCUCUGCUGAUUACAGCUCCCUGCACCCCGCUGCUGCUGCUGCGGCCUUACCUCCUGUAGAUACAAUUAAUGCCCAGCAAAUCUCUCCCAACAGCCAAAGGCACAGCUCUUAUGAGUGGAUGAGGAAAACGGUGCAAACCAACACUGCUGGUAAAACAAGAACAAAAGAAAAGUACCGGGUUGUUUACACAGAUCACCAGAGACUGGAAUUAGAGAAGGAAUUUCACUGCAACAGAUACAUUACAAUCAGGAGGAAGUCAGAACUCGCAGCAAACCUGGGACUCUCCGAAAGACAGGUGAAAAUCUGGUUCCAGAAUCGCCGAGCAAAAGAGAGAAAAAUGAUCAAGAAGAAAAUCUCGCAGUUUGAUGGCAGCGGGGGCUCAGCUCAGAGUGACUCUGGUUCACUCAGUCCAAAUGAACUGUCAAAUUCUCUGUUCCCACCACCACAUGGAAUAAAUGGAUUACAGCCUAAUGACAUUCAUCAAGUCAUAGUUUCAGAAUGAACAGAAGGA